CUGCUGCUGCAAGCUGCAAGCUACUGGUGUUGCCGUGACGAUGAUAUCCUCCACCCCCUCCCCCUCCCUCCUACACACACACACACACACACACACACACACACACACACACACACAUACACAGAGGAGAGGGAGAAAACAAGACGCUAUCAUGACGCUAUGGCUUCAGGCUGGAAAAUGAACACACUCUGAUGCUGUGAAGAAAACAGGGACACAGCAAAUCCUGUCCUCAGUUUGAACCUUUGCCGAAUUAAAUCAACUCUGAGGUUUGUCGCUUUCCCUUCAGAUCAGACUGAAAGAGGAUUGGGCAGCAGAUUCUCCUCACACAGACCCAAGACAGACAUUUUAUAUGACAAAUAUUUUUGAAUGUCUGGAUCCCUUUUUACCUCCAGGAAUGUAGAGCGGUAAUAUUUCUGAAGUGAACUUGAGGAUUGUGGACUAAACAGAACAGGAUCAGAAGUGGAACUGGAUUCCAAAGGAGCUUCUCUCAAGGUUGAACUUGAAUUUUCCUCUGCUACAAUAUGGAAUAAAUGUUGAGAGGGAGUAAAAACACCACCCAAACUGACUAUAAGAACUCGUCUAGCUGAACGUCCAGCCCCUCCCCCUGGCUUCACAGCGGGGUAAGGGGUGUGUUCGGAGGAUUCCCCCCACCAGGCUGCUGCUCGCAGAUGGAGGCCCACCAACACUCCCCAGAUAGCAGCAGUGAGGAGUGCACCGUCCUGGAGGCGCCGCCUGGAAAAAACACCUGCACACAGCAUGCAGGGAAGGUGGCAGAACUCUACUGUUCAGCCUGUGAGUGUCCUCUGUGUGAGGACUGUCUGUCUGAACAUGAGGAGCACCCGAAGGUGGCGCUCAGCCGAGCCCUGGAGCAGCACCGCAGCCUUCUGCAGGACGGUCUGGAGGCGGUCCAGAACAGACUCCCUCAGGUGUCAGACGCUCUGUCCUUCAUUAAGGAGAUCCUCCAGCAGCUGACCAAUCAGAGAGCGUCCAUCGAGGAGGACAUCCAGUCCAGCUUUGAGGACCUGCAUAAGCAGCUGGACGUCAGGAAGAGUGUCCUGCUGAUGGAGCUGGAGGUCACCUACGGCCUCAAACAGAAGGUCCUUCAGGGUCAGGUGGACAGCCUCCUUCGGGGUGAGGGGGACAUCAUGACCACCUGCUCCCAGACGGAGGAGGCGCUGGCGGGUGAGGCGUGCGUGGCCAACCUGCAGACGGAGCGUGAGCUCGGCGAGAAGCUGGGGCAGCUGGCCGGCCUCGGGUUGCCAUGUCAACCAGAGGAGAACGACCAGCUGGACCUGGUGUUGGAGACGGAUGGGCUGAGGAAGUCCAUACACAACCUGGGGACCAUCGUCACCACCAGCGCUGUGGCGAGCCAGAGUGAAGCCAUGGGUGCAGGUUUGGAGCAGUGCGUCGUGGGACAUCCUGCUUCUGUUACCAUAGUGACCAGAGACAAGUCGGGAGGAGCCUGCAAGAGCGGCAACGCAAUUCUGUCAGCAGAGGUUUUCACUCCAGACGGCAGCAUCGUGGAUGGAGAAAUUGUCGACCACAAGAACGGGACGUACGAGUUUGUUUACACGGUGCCAAAGGAAGGCGACUUCUCAUUGGCUCUCCGUCUGUACGACCAGCAUAUCAAAGGAAGUCCCUUCAAACUGAUUGUCACCAGGGCCUCAGAUCUGGAGGUGGAGGUGUCUCCCUCCACCACCACAGCCACCAACUCAGCAGCCAACGCCACCCCGUCCACAGGCUCCUCUGAGGGGGCCAAGAGACGAGGGAAGUCCCCUGGCCAGAAGAAGAAGGGUUCUAAGAGGGCCAGUAGUGCACUGGGCACCCCACGACGCAAAACCCAGAACCCUAUCGAGGAUGAUCUCAUCUUCAGGAUUGGCACAAAGGGAAGGAAUAAAGGAGAGUUCACUAACCUUCAAGGAGUGGCAGCCUCCACCACUGGGAGGAUACUGAUCGCCGACAGCAACAACCAGUGUGUCCAGAUUUUCUCCAACCAAGGUGAGUUCAAGAGUCGUUUUGGGGUGCGGGGCCGGUCGCCAGGACAACUGCAGCGUCCCACCGGUGUUGCCGUGCAUCCCAGUGGUGAUAUUAUCAUUGCUGACUAUGACAACAAAUGGGUCAGCAUCUUCUCCUGCGAGGGCAAGUUCAAGGCUAAGCUCGGUUCUGGUAGGCUCAUGGGUCCAAAGGGCGUGUCUGUGGACCAGAAUGGUCAUGUGAUCGUGGUUGACAAUAAGGCAUGUACGGUCUUCAUCUUCCAGCUGACUGGCAAGCUCAUCACCAAAUUUGGUAGUCGGGGCAACGGGGAUAAGCAGUUUGCAGGUCCUCACUUUGCGGCUGUGAACCAGAACAAUGAAAUCAUCAUAACUGACUUCCAUAACCACUCUGUCAAGGUUUUUACUCCAGAGGGGGAGCUGGUGUUGAAGUUCGGCUCCAACGGUGAAGGAAACGGUCAGUUCAAUGCUCCCACUGGUGUAGCCGUGGACAUUAAUGGGAACAUCAUCGUGGCCGACUGGGGAAACAGCAGAAUACAGGUGUUUGACGGCAGCGGCUCCUUCCUGUCCUACAUCAACACAUCAGCGGACCCUUUGUACGGACCUCAGGGUUUGGCCCUGACGUCAGACGGACACGUGGUGGUGGCCGACUCUGGAAACCACUGCUUCAAAGUCUACCGCUACCUGCAAUGAUAGAGGCCUGAGCCGCGACCGAGAGGCGGACGACAGGUGUAGGCUGAGAUGUCAAAUCCAAUGAACCCCUGCAUGAACCUCCACGGAUACCUGUAAUGAUGAACGGGAAAGGAAGAGGAUGAGAGGCGCUUCCAUCAUUACACCAUUAAAGCCCAUUUUAGAAGAUUUUAUUCAUGAUCAGUGUUUCUGCACAGACUCUGAAAGGGUCGACCAUGUAAUUGGUCUCAAUUGUCUUAAAAAUGGUCACAACACCGAUACAGAAGUUGUUUUUUUUGCCUUCAUGGAAUAUCUGACAAAUUAGAAGAGAUGAAAUGCAGGAGUAAACGUUUCGAGGGAAAAACAAUUAUGCAAUGAUGGAUUCUGUCCAAUUCUAGAAGUCUUAUACUGUCUUCAUCCUGGGAUUUGAAGAAGGAAAACAAAGGAAGAAGAAACUCAUCAUCAUAAAUAUUGGACCAGGAUCAAAGAUGCAACAAGGGCGUGGAUAUAAAGUCUUAAAAAUACUGGAUGGGGAAGAACAUGCGUCUUAAAUGCCUUCUCAUAUUGUAUGUAAUAGACAAAUGAAUGGAGUAUGAGCUGAUAGAGUUCUGCGUCUUGGUUUGAUUUUGUACCAUAUUUUUGAUUUAUCACACCAAAGCCUGCUCUCAAAACUGGUACUUAGAUUGGUACUUAGAUAGAUUGGAUUGCUAAUGUUUGGUAAUGCUAAUGGUACCAAUUCUAAGAGCUUGAUUGGAUGUCAUGAAGUCCACACCAUCUGAGCAAAGGGAAACUGUCAAUACGACGUCAUGUUAGACUAAGACCCAGCCCUCUUUUAAGCCCUGGUCCAUUGUUUGUACAUAAGGAUUGUCUGAAUAUGGAAUGUUUAUUUAAAUCUUUGCGUAUGCUAGCAUUUUUUUCAGGUAAAUAGAUUCAUGAUUAGAACUUAUUGCUUGACUCUGAUUGUCUGAUUGAUUGAUUGAUUGAUGAAUUGGGUUGAUUGGCAGUAGACUUUACAAGCAGCAGUGUCUAUCAAUGCUCGGUUUGGGUGUUAAUAUAUUUUUUCCGGUGAAAAUGUUGAGGAGAACAAAAAGUCUAUAAAUCUAUCAUAUAUAUUUGUGAAAAUGCCUUUAAUAAUAUCAUGUAAAAUGUUUCAAUAAUCAGCAUAUUUGGGCUCAGUAAAAUUUUUACACUCUUUUCCGCCCGUCCAUCUGAACAACGACGACAAAAGGCCAGUGAAUGGAAUUCUAGAAUGUUCCAGUUCAUCCUAAAACAUUGCUAAGGAUUCUAGAAUUCUUUAAAAAGUGAAAAAAAGCGCUUGUCAUUUCGUAAUCUGUACUGGAAACAUCCUUUUCUGUGCACGUGUAAAAAUGCUACGUCUUGUCACCAGUAUUUCCAAGUAAUUUAUGGGAAUCACGUCACAAGUUGUUACAGUAAUUAUAAGAUUAGCUGGAUAUAUAUAGAUAUUUUUGUUUGAUUUUUACAGUCACAUUAGCUAACAUUAGCUAGCGAGGUAACAGCAACAAACAUUAGCUAGUGAGGAAAAUUUGGUAAAUGUUAGGUAGUUACAUUAGCUAACCACAUUUCCAGUACAGAUCGAGUCGCGACAGUGCUUUCGCUUGCAGAAAAAACUGAAUAUUUUGUCAUAAAGCCAUAACAGAAUAUGUGAAGUGUCUCAAAGCAUGUUUCUGUAUACUGUAAGUGUCAAUCGUACCACCCCUGGGUUUCAACUCUUCCAUUUUACAAACAGAUUUACAGUAAAUAUAAGUACAGUAGGAUGUGAAACAGCAAAACAGUUACAAAAUAAGUGCUAUAUAAUAAACAAUCGAUAUACAGCAUUUACAUCACCAGUCCUUAAAUAAUCAUUAUUAUUAUUGGGCAAGAAACACAUUUAAGUUACGCACGUAAAUAUCAAAAGUCGUUUCUCACCAAGCGUGGAUUUGCGUCUUCCGGAAUGUUAUGUUAUUUUGAGAAA